AUGACUACCAGGAAGAGGAAGAACGACGACGAGGAGCUCGUUGCCCUCCCCAGCGAUGAGAGCGACGAAGAAGAAGAUCGCAGCCCUAGAGUCAGCGGCAGCCGGCUCCUUCCUCCCUCCUGCAGCAAUCAACUCACUCCCACCUUGCCUCUACACUUGACAUGGCUAUCAUGGCACUUUUUGUCUAAUUCAUGGAAACAAUUCUCUUUGCGCGCGCAUCCGACACCUACAGCAAGACUGACCCAGCCAUCCAGAUACGCAGAGUCUGAAGGCUCAAACUUUGAUUCAGCCGACUCGGACGAGGAAGAGCCACCGCCAAAGAAAAAGGCCAAGCGCACUACCAAAGCCAAAAGCAAAGACGAGGACGAGGAUGAGAGCGAGGAGGAAGAGGCUGAGCUGAGCGCCGAAGACGACGAGGAUGCUGCUUCUGACGAGGUCGACGAUGAGGAGGACGACGACGACGACAAGAAGAAAGCAAAGGACGCCAAGCCUGCUGGUGCUGAGAAGGACCGCAAAGUCAAGAAGACUGGCAAGGACGAGCCUGUACCCGUAGUUGACGAUGACGACGAAGAGUAA